AUCCGCACGUUGUCGCGCACAAACGCAGCUCGCGGAAGAAGCAACAACAACUUCGAACAACCAACAGCAACAACAACAACCGACAACCGACAACAAAACUCAUAUUCAAAAAUAUAUUUCAAAUUAUUAAUCACACAAUUCUCUUAAAUCGUUUCGUUCAAGUUGUUGCGCCUUCUCACAAAUAACAACAAAAAAAAAGCAUAAACUCAAAACACAACAAACAACAAACAACAACAACAAAAUGUUUUAUAAUAAAAUUCAUAACAAACACAAGCGUUUUUAAAACAACAACAACAAAUUUAAAUCUACAAAACAACAUCUCAACUCAACUGCAAUGCAACAGCAACCACAACAACAACAACAACAAAAGCAACAACAGCAACAACAACUAAAGCAACAUCAGCAGCAACAACUGAAACAACUACGACAACAACAACAGCUACAACAACAACAACAACAUCUAACAACCACAACUAAAACAACAACAAAUGCAAUUCUUCAAGUGUGUGUGUGAAAAGAACAACAACAACAACAUUUGUAACUGCAACAAGAACAGCGGCAGCAACAACAACAACAACAACAAAACUUGCAACAAUUUUCAUGUCUAGUUUUGGGUUCUUUUCUUUUUUUUUUUUUUGAACAAUCCUCAACAACAACAACAACAAAUUGCAACGCCCCCAACAACAACAAAUUGAACUUUGAACUUUCCAACAACAAAAACUAAAAGAAAAUGCUAUGAAAAUUCAAAGCAGACAAAACACACGGAAAAUUUAAUGAAGCUGCAAGAUUUUCAUUUUCCAUUUUUUUCGUUCAUCAACAUUUAAAAGUUUUUUCGGCAAAAACAAAAACACAAAAGCGAAAAAAAACUCCCCUCCAAAAAAAAACACAAAAAAAAAAAAAACGCAAAACGAGGAAAAAUUAUAAAUUUUUGUCAGAAAGAACAAAACACGAAAAAAUUUUUGUUUUGGUUGUGCAUGCAAAAAAAAAAAAAAAUUCACUUUUCGAACAGUUUUUAAACAACACAACAAGAAAAUAAUUUAACAAAAGUAAAACAACAAAAUUUAUAAAAGAAAACAAGAAAAUAUUCAAAAUAAAAAAUACAAAAAUACAACAAAAAUUCAUACAAAUGCAAAAAGAGGCAACAUCAAGUGACAAAACAACAAAAACGAAAACAAAUUCAACAUCAGCAACAUCAACAACAACAACAAGAACAACAACAACAUUAACAACAAAGUAUUAAACUGCGGUGUUUGGCGUUUAUGCAUAUUCUUCAAAAUUCUAAAUUUCAACGAAGAAGAAAGCGUGUAAAACUUAAAGAAACCCAUACUCGAAAUCUCGGCGUAUCGAAAAGCGAAUCAGCGGAAAGCUUGACGACGACAACAACAACAACAACAACAAGAAGACGAAGACAACAGAAGAAGGAAUCAAACACGCUACAACUCUGGCAGCGCUCUCUGGCUAUUGAAAAAUUGCAACUCUCUCAUUUACUUACACAAACACACACACACACACAUGCACACACACUCUCUCUCUCAGAAAGAAAACUUGUCGAAAUAUUUGCAACCAACUGGACCAAUUCAAUUUUUAUCGAUAACAACGUAAAAAUCUAAAAGAACACGACGAAGAAGAAGCGGAUACGGAUACGGAAAGCAAAAAGAAGCUGAAAAUGUUUACAAAUUGAACAAUUUCUUUCACAAAAUAACAAAACAAAACAAAAAAGAAAAUCUCUUGAGCUCGAAACGUGGCAAAAAAAAAACAAAACAAAAAACAAAACUCAAAACUUUCAAACUCAAAAAGCGAACAAGAAAAUUACGGUUAUUUUUCGGACUUAACAGUGUUGUAAAACGCUCGCAGCAACAAUUUUCGGUGUGCAAAAUCAAAGUGUUAAAAAAAAACUAAUUUUGAACAUAAAUUUGCGAAAUAAAGAACAUUCAAAAUUGAAUAAAUAAAAACUGCUGCUGCAAGAAGAAACCACAAGCAACAUCCAGAGCAACAACAACAACAACAACAAGAACAGCUACAAUAUUACUAAUAAUAACAACAACAAUUACAACAAUUAUAACAACAACUAUCAGACCCACGACGCAGAAGACGACCCCGAACAAGAAUCACAAAUCAAUUGAAAAUUGCAACUUAUGGAUUGCUGGACGGGUAACGCCCGACUGGCGAGUGUUUUAGUUUAAGCAGCGUAAGCUGUCACCGACAUGGGCAGUGAGCAAUACUGCUUGAGGUGGAACAAUCAUCAAUCCAACCUGUUAGGGGUGUUUAGUCAAUUAUUACAGGACGGGAGCCUGGUGGACGUUACAUUAGCUUGUUCAGGGGGCCCAUCCAUCAGAGCCCAUAAGGUGGUCCUGUCGGCCUGCUCGUCGUAUUUCCAGAGCCUGUUUCUGCAGCACUCCGAUCCACAUCCAAUUGUGAUACUGAAGGACGUCCGUUUUGCCGAGCUGCAAACAUUAGUUGAAUUCAUGUACAAGGGCGAGGUGAACGUGCAAUAUUGUCAGUUGCCAGCGCUGCUCAAGACAGCCGAAUCACUCAAGGUUAAAGGCCUAGCCGAGAUGACAAAUCAGAAUACGACGUUGCGGGAACCCGAACGGGAACCGGAUCGACUGCGUCCCCAUUCGCAGGCCAGCGGCGGCGGAGCGGGCGGUGGCAGCAAGGCGGCCGAUAGUCCAGCGGCUGCAGCCCUGGAUGCCACAACAGCAGCAGCAUCGGGAGCAACAGCCACAACAGCAGCAGCAGCAACAACAACAGCAGCAGCGACAACAACAACAGCGACAGCUGGAGCAGCGGACAAGAACACAGCGGCAACAAUUGCUGCGGGCAGCACGAGCAGCACAUCAACAACCACAGCAACAGCAAGUACGACGGCAACAAGCACAACAACAACUACAGCAGGCGCAGCCGGAGCAGCGGGAGCGGGAGCGGGAUCAACAACCGCAUCAACGACGGAAACGUCGCUGGGGACAAAGCGAGAGGCAAGCGAACGCUGCAGUCCGACGCCGCCGAAGCGUGCGGCAAGCAGCAGUGCGGUGGCAAGCUCCAGCCAUGUGACAGCCAUCGAUCUGCUCGAGGAUGAGGAUGAGGAUGAGCUGGACGAGGAUGACAUGGAGGAUGAUACACCAAUAAUGCCGCUAGAUCUCUAUCAAAGACCCGCCGCUGUCGCUGUAGCGUCUGUUGAGCCGCCUGAGAGCUCAAGUGGUAGCCACAACAACAACAACAACAGCAGCAGCAACAACAACAACAACAACAGUAGCAGCAAUACCAGCAACAACAACAGCAGCAGCAACAGUAACAACAACAACAACAGCAGCAGCAACAGUAACAAUAACAACAGCAGCAGCAGCAAUGCCAAUAGCAGCAGCAACAAGAACAUCAACAACAACAGCAGCAACCAAAUGAAGGCCACCUGCUCCUCCUCCUCCGCCUCAGCGACAGCAGCAACAGCAACAGCCACAGGAGGCGGCUCGCCAAGUGGCAGCAACGGCGACUGUGUUGCAACAGCGCUGACGAGCAGCAAUGUGGUUGCCGUCGACGAUGACGAAGACGACGACGAUGCUGAGGCCGAUGCCUCGGGCGAUGCCGAUGGCGAUGCUGAGAUCGAUGCCGAUGCCGAUGACAAUGACAAUGACGAUGAGAUGGAGGAUAACGAUUGCCGGAUAUCGGUGGCCACAGCCCGAGACAUUGCCCAGCGCAUUGCGCAUCACAGCGCUCGAUUGGCGCACGACGAUCGAUCUGCGAACAAUGAUGGAGACGGCGAUGCCGAUGCCGACGACGAUGACGAUGAUGAUGUCGACGAUGUGCUGCGGGCCGAACACGAGGCAUUGCUGCAUUCACCGGCCACCGCCGGUCGGCUGCAGCCGAAGACCGAGGUGCUCGACGAUGAUUACGAUGAUGAAAUGGAUCUGGACGAUGAUGAUGAGGCGGACAACAGCAGCAACGAUAUGGGCCUCAACAUGAAGAUGUCCAGCAGCGGUGGCGGUGGCGUUGAUCUCUCCACAAGCUCCACCGUCAUCCCAUCGCCGUUGAUCACCUUGCCCUCAUCAUCGGCUGCCGCCGCAGCAGCUGCCGCAGCAGCAGCAGCCGCCGCCGCUGCUGCCGCGGCCAUUGAAUCGGCUCGAUCGACACCGGGCGGAGGCGCCUCCGAUCUUAGCCUGUCCAUGGCACAGUCAGCGCGUCCAGCGUCGCGUUCGUCGCGCGACGGCGGCAACACCAACGACGGACGCGCCUCCAGCCUCAUGAAUCCCGUCGUUGCCGGACUCUUGCCAGUGCAAUCGGUGCCAUUGAGCCUCAAGAAAGAGAUCGAUUGCAGCGAGGACGAUAACAGCAGUCACAGCAGACACAUGCAACCGCGUUCGGCAUCAGCUGGCGGCGGACUUGGCGGCGAUCUCGACUACCGCGCCUCGCACGAGUCGGAAACGUCCGAAUCGCCGCAACAACACGCUGUGGGCGCUGUUGGCGCGGUCCUCGGCGGCGGCAGCAGCAGCAGCAGCUCCGCCUCAGCCGCCGCCGCCGCCGUUGCCGUUGCCGCCGCGGCAGCCGCUGCCCAAGAGCAGCAGCAGCAACAGCAGCAGCAGCAACAACAGCAAUCGCAAUCGCAAACUUCGCCACCGCCACCGAUGCACAUGUGCAUGUAUUGCGGUGCCACAUUCUCCAAUCCAAACAAAUAUACGCGUCACGUGCUCUCGCACUCGCUGAAGACGCUCGAGUAUCGCGAACCGAGCCACACCCAUGCCGCCCUCCUGCAAUCGCAUCUGCUGUCGCAUGACCUCAGCUUGAAUGCCCUGGCUCAGGCGUAUCCCUUCCAGAUGAACGCCGCAAUGGCGGCGAGCGCCGGCAGCGCCGAUCCCCAGGAGCAUGUGGCCGCCGUUGCCGCUGCCUUGGGCAUCGAGAUGGACUUUACGCUCCACGGCACCAGUUGCACAUAUCAGAGCUUAACGGCCGGUUGCCUCGAGGCAGCAGCCGCAGCAGCGGCCGCCGGCAGCAGCGGAGCGCCCGGCUCAAGCGGUGCCAGCGGGCGUCUCGGAUUAUCGGGCAGCGGCGGUGGAGGCGGAGGCGGAUCUUCGACAUCGGGCAACGGUGGCUUGGCAGCUGCAUCGGCUAGCCUCUUGCUUGGCAGCACCGCAGCGGGCGGUGGCGGUGGCGGUGGUGGUUUGUCUGGUGCUGUUGUUGGUAGCUCAGGCGGUGGCAGUGGCGGCGGUUGCGGUGGCGGUGGCGGCUCAUCGUCGCCCUCAACGUCCGCCGCAGCGUCGGCAGCGGCGCAGUCCGGCUCGUCGGCCGCCUCGUUGCUCGGCGCGUCAAGUGAUCCGAAUAGUGUUGUCAUGUGUAAGUUCUGUGCUAAAAGUUUUCCCGAUGUUACAUCACUGAUCACGCAUUUGUCGGUACAUACAGGUGAUCGACCAUUUAAAUGUGAGUUUUGUGGCAAAGCGUUUAAGCUGCGCCACCACAUGAAAGAUCAUUGUCGCGUGCACACGGGUGAACGUCCCUUCAGAUGCCACAUGUGCGGCAAAACGUUCUCGCGUUCGACGAUCCUCAAGGCGCAUGAGAAAACGCAUUUUCCCAAAUAUGUACGGAAGUUUUUGUCACCCAGCCCGGUCGACACAAAGGAUGAGCUACCGCAAUAGUGAAACGAUUUUAGUUUGUUAUUAAAUUAUUAUUAUUAUUACUACUACUAUUACAAUAAUAAUAACAACAAUAACAACAACAACAACUCUAAUAACAACAACAACAACAACAGCAGCAGCAGCGGCAGCAAUGCAAACUUUAUGCAUAGCAACAACAACAACAACAGCAACAGUAACAACUACAACUACAAUUGAUGUGAAGGAGACAACAACAACAGCAUCAGCAGCAGCAGCAACAACAGCUGCGAGAAAGAGACAACAAUAUAUAUAUAUAUAUAUUUGACUUACUUAAGCGAAAAGCGCAAAAGCUUAGAGACACACACACACACACAUACAGACACAAGAUGUACAUACAUAUUUUAUUAAUUAUAUUAUACAAAUAACUAAAAACGAGGCAAACACACACACACACACACACACAGAAAAUAACUGCAAAUAGAAUUUGCUCUUUUUAACUGAAGCGUAGCGUGUAGAAAAGAGACAACCAUACACACACACAUAUAAAUAUUACAAGUGAAAUGAAGUGAGAAGAACGUAUAUACGCGAUUCUGAUUUUUAUAGCAAAUCAGAUAUAUAUGUGAAAUUGUUGAACUUUAUACCAAGAGCGAUAAUAUUUUUUUUUUUUCUUAAUGCAAUUCCCACUCACACACACAUACAAACACAGACACACCCUCACUUUUUGUCUCUAUUAAACAUAAAGGAAAUUUCGAGUUAGAUGAAAGAAAGAGAAACUAUGUUUAAUUUGUAAUUUUAGUGAAGCGAAAGUGAAACCCAAGCAAAAAGUUUAAGCGUUGAUCAUAUAUACAACAACAUACAACAAGAACAUUUUUUUUUUCUAUAAAAUAUUUUAGUGAAGAAGCGUGAACAGCGUGGAGAGUUGUAGCAGGAAUCUAAUUACAAUUGUUAUACAUAUGCAUAUGUCUAUAAUAAUUUUGCAGAAAUUGAAAUAUUUUAAUAAAUAUAUGCAUAUGUAUAUACAUGCAUAAGAGAACGUAAGACAUAUAUAUAUAUACAUACAUAAAUGAAAAUAUUACCUAAAAACUGAUAAAAAAAAAAAAACAAAAAAUAAAAAAAUAAUGAUGAUGAUGAUGAUGAGAGAAAAGAAAUUCGCAAAAAGUAAAGUAAAGAAAAAUAUACUAAAUUAUAAUGAUAUAUACAUAUGUAUGUAUACAUAUACAUAUACGAUAUAGAUAUGAUAUAGAAAAAGAACAGUGAACACGUGAUGUAACUUUUUAAGUAAUGAUUAUCAUGAUGCAAGCAGCAGCACAUUGUGAAGUUGAUGGCGAGCUGAUGACGAUAUUAGCGAGAGAUGAUGGUAAUAAACAAUAUAUAUGAAAAAACAAAAACAAAAAGCAAAAAACAAAAAGAAAACUACAAUUAGUUUAAAAGUGAAAGAUCUGCAUAGGUACAUACACAAACACACACACACACAUACACAUACACUCAUACAGAGAAACGCGCGCGCAGAAGAAUAUAUAAUAUGUAUACAUAUACACUAUAUACAUAUAUAUAUAUAUAAAUAUUUUAGAGACACAACAACAAAAGCAAAGCAAAGCAAAGUGAACUGUCAAGAAACAAAAAAAAAGUGUAGCAUACUUUUCUGCAGAGCAACUCGAACGUUUACCGCAUACAUAUCCCCACACACACACACAUACACACACACACACGGACACGGACACUUAGAAGAGUGGCUUCUUAGGCUCUAUAUAUAUAGUAUAUAUAUAUAUAUAUAUAUACUGAACUAGUACCUAAUGCGAUACUAUUAAUAGCAAGAACUUUGCCGCAACAUUUUGAUCGAUUUGUAGCAAUUGAUAAUAAAUGAACAAAUAUUCAAGUUAGUCCCCACACACACACACAUGAUUGUAUAUAUGUAUGCGAGAAAAUAUAUAUUACUAAUUUUUAGCCACAUACAUACAUAUAUGUACAUAGUAUACAUCAAGAAGCAGCAUCUAAUGUGACGGAAAGGAAAAAAACACACACAGAGAACAGCAAAAAAUUUUCGAAUUCAAAUCAUGGAAUGCAGACAUACGCGUGAAUUAUGCAAAGCAGCAGAAUUACAUAGAAUAUCUGUGAUCUUAAAUAUAUAUACACAUACGAUACACAAUAACAUAUACAUAUAUACACCUACAUACAACAAAUAUAUACUAUAUACAUAUAAAUCAACUUUAGACCAGUGGGAAAACAAACAACAACAAGAACUAACAAUUAAUAGACUCAGAAACAAACAACAACAAAAAAACAACUAAUUACAGCAUGUGUAGGCAAGCUUAAUACGCAUAGGUCUUUAUAUACAUACAUAUAUCAGAUAUCCGAGGGCUUAGCCGACUUUUAUUGAAUCAAUUCGAAAAUCACUCUUCUCUGCAGAUUUUCUUUCUUUCUUUUGUGUCAUAAUUUACUUUCAAAUUUAUGAAACUCCGCAAAAGCAUUCAGCUUUUGUUCGUAUUGAAACCCUGUAAAAGCAUUCAGCUUUUGUUCACACACACACACACACAUUCACAUUGCUGACAAACACUGACAGAAAUACGUUUUUUUUUCUUGUUUCAAAAUGGCGCUUCAAAUUUUUGACUUCUCGUUUACUUUGCUUUGAAUGAACUUUGAAUAUCAAUUAAAACACAUUGAUAAUCAGUUAUAUAUAUAUAUAUAUAUAUAUGUAUAUAUAUGUUGUAUAUGUAGACAUGCAUAUAUAUAUUUUUUGUAUUUUUUAGUUGCGAAAACUAAGAAAAGAAUUACCAACUUUUUGGCUAAACAUUUGCAAGAAUUUUUUGGAAAACAACAAAAUUAUUUGCUAGUUUUUUAGGCGAAAUAGAAAAACAAAGAAAAUAAUUGUUUGUGUUAUUAUGUUUAUCUUCAUUGCUAUGAAUACGACAAAUUAUUGUUUUUUUUUUUUUUUAUACUAUUUUUUUUGGCAACACACGAAGUGGUCGAAAUGUCGCAUUAACAAGUGUCGAGUUCCCCUCAACAAACAAUUGCAAAAUCCCCGAUACACAAUUCUGAAAUCUGAAACUUGUUGUAUAGCCCCAGUGCCUGUGAACACACACACACACACACAUACACACACCAUCAAAGCAAACAAACAAAAUAUAUACAAAAUCGAUCUCAAAAUUAUAACAAAAAAAAAAAAAAAAACACAAAAAAAAAAACAAAUUAUAUUAUAAAUGUAUAAUGUAUGCACGAAUAUUUGGGGCUCUGGCCAGACUAUAUAGAGAAGACGUAAGGCGUCCAUGGGCGAUAUUCUGGGAUCGGUUCAGAUUUCCGAUCUGAUAUUGUUAACAGCAGCAGCAGCAGGCGAAGGCAACAACAAAAUGCGCACACUUCAAAAAAGAAAAAAACAAAAAAAAAACAAAAAACGAAAACGCACGCUAGACAAAAUUCAAAAUUCUAAAUUUUAAACCAAAACAAAAGAACAAAACAAAAAAAACGCAAAACUUUUUCGGCAAACAAAAAUCGAAAAGAAAACCCAAAAAAAAAACAACUAAAAAAAACUUUGGAUUAAACAAUUUGGCUGUGAUAGCAUUAACAAAAAAAAAAACAAAACAAAAAACAACAUGAAUGAGCAUGUGAAUAUUUAAAGCAUAAAUAAAUAAAAAAUAAAAAAACAAAAUGGAAUUAAAAGAAGAGAUUUUCGCUUUGCAUUUUGAAAACAAUGGAAAUGGAAAACGAAAAGCUGGCGCCAUGAAAAAUUUUGUUGUUGGCUUAUUUUCUCGCAGGGAGCGCAGUAUUAGAGAAAAACAAGACACAGAAAGUGAAAAGAAAAAAACAAGGAAAACAGGCAUCAAUUCGUAAAUUGUGAUGUUCAAUUGCAAUAUGACUUUUGCAUAAACAAUAACAAUUAUAAUAAUAACUUAAAACAUAAUCAUUAAAAUAUCAUAAAGAAAUAUGAGGAAAGCAAACAAAAUUUAACGUUUAGGAACAAAACAAAACCAAAAUUGUGAUUUUCGGCCUUUUAGAAACAAAAUUAUUAAAAAAAAAAAAAGAAAAACAAAAGUACUACUCAAUAAUUAAUUAAAUUAAUAACUAAUAAUAAUUAAAACGUAACCAAAAAAAAAACAAAAUGAAGAAAAACGAAGGAAGCAAAGCUAAAGAAGAACACUUUCAUCUUUUCUGCUUCGGCUAAAAAUGGGAACAUUUAUUCUAGAGUAUAGAAUUUUUUUUUAAUUUUAAUUUUUGUGGCAGCCCAACAAACAAAAACAAAAAAAGAGAAUGCCCAAGCGACAGCCGCGUCAAAUGUGAGAGAAAAACAUUCCAAGCAAAGCGAAAGUGACAAAGUUGAGGAAUUUUUGUAACUCGGGUUUGUUUGCUUAUGAGGAGGGAACAACUUCAAAGAACUCAGCGAACAUUUCGACCACAGACAAUGAAAAGAAAGAUCUAUGUUUUCAAUUAUUAUUUUCUAAUUUCUAACUGAAUUAUUUCGACUGCACUGACAAAACCAACAAAACAAAACAAAACAAAAAACAAAUCAACAACAAUUUAAUGUUUUUAUUAUGCUCUGUGUCUCUACGAAAAAAACAACAAAAACAAUUUAAUAAUUACUUAUUGAAUGUGUUUGUUUUAUAUAUAUAUAUUAAAUAUAUUAAAUAUACAUAUAUAUUUUUUUUUUUUGUCAUAUCUCUAAUUUAAUGUUUAAGCAAAUGUUAUUAUUAUGAUUAUAUAACACUUAUUGUACCAACUUAUAUGAAAUUUAUUUAGCUUUAGCGCAAAAACAGCAAAAAAAAAACACAAGAAGAAAAAGAAAAUAUUUAAAACAUGGCAACAACCUUAAGUUUCUAUUUCUUAAACAAAAUUCUGUUCUGAAUGUACGCGUAUCUCCCAAAAUCAAUAUUAUAAUUAUGUUUCCCCCCCCUCCCAACACACACACACACAUACACACACACACACAAUGAAUUUGUCAGCUAUAUGAGAAAAGGUCAAAUUUAACAACAACAACAACAAAAAUUAUUGUGACAACAACACAAACAAAACAACAACAACAAAAACAAAUUAAAAAACGAAAAAAGAAAAUGAAAACAAAAAUAAAAACAAAAUUUAAAAAAAAAAAACAAACAUAGUUGAAGCAAAAAUAUAUAUUUUUUGGGUUACUUUUAUUCUAGUAUUAUUAUUAUUGAUUUUUCUCUAUUUUUUCAAAUAUUUUUUUCGUGAUCAUUCCAUUUUUGUUCGCAUAUCAUUUCAAAAUUCAUUGUGUUACAUCACUCACACACUCACACACACACACAUACAAAUACAUAUAUCAUACAUACAUUUUGAAAACAUUUCUUUAUGCAUAAUUUCGUUAAGUGUAGCGCCUAAGUUGAAGUAUGAGUUUUUUGUUUAGCCUUUAAGUUGUGAUCAAAAGUUCCUUAUUUUGGUUCCCCGAGAGCGUGCCCGCCCCGCAUCGUGGGCAUUAUACAUAUAUAAUUUUUUUAUAUAUACAUAUGUAUUUUUUUUUUUGUUUACUUGACGCCAUUUGAAAACGUUUCAACAAGUUCCUUGAUGACAGCAACACACUCAACAAAAAACGAAAAAAAAAAAAAAAACUAAAAAUGAAAAUCUCACUUAUAGCAAAAUAUACAAUAACAAAGAAAACAAUACACACACACACACACACACACUACAAACUGCAGUUAAUCCAUGAUAUUCUUUCUACUGUUAUUAUUAUUAUAUUUUCCUUAGUUUUUGCUUGUUUUACGAUUACGUUUUUUACGUUUGUCAUUGUUGCCAGGUUUUUCAUAUCUACAUAUAUUUAGUAGACACAUACACUCAUAAUGAGAAGCCAAAAUGAAGAAAAAAAUCUACUGCUUAAGGUAAACUCAUGCUAAUACAAAUUUUUAGUCAAAAUUUUAUCACGAAAACGGAAGAAAAACAAAGAAAGAAAACACACACUUUUUAGGCAAAAACAUAAAACAAACGUAGAGCGCUUCAAAAAAAAAAAAGAAAACUCGAAAAGACGAUAAAAAAAAAUUAAACAAAUAUGAAAAGAAUUUUCAGGAAUCGUUUUUUUUUUUUUUUUUUGUUCUUGGGCAAAUGUUAGGCACACAGUACGAUUAAAGCACUCAAACAAAACAAAGACAGCUAAAUUAGCAAUUUAGAAAGAAAUAUAUUCAGAAAAAAAAGAAAAAAGAUUAUAACUACAAAAUAAGCAAAGGCAAAUUACUCAGUACUCAGUAUGUUAGAGCUGAACAAAUCUUGUAAAUCUUGCUUUGGUUGCGUUUGCCUUUAAUUUCCCCAAUUUAUUUUGAAAGCUAGCAGCACACGCAGUAGUAGAGGCAAUUAAUAAAAGACAAAAUUCAACCAAAAAAUUAUAAUCAUCACUCACACAAAUACACACACACAGUCACACAAACUAAGAAGAAGAAGAAGAAGAAGCAGGAAGAAGAGCAAGAGGAGGAGGAGAAAAAGUAUAUCAUUAGGCGUACUGCAAAAAUGCAUUUUAAAGGAAACAGGAAUUUAAAUGAUCUAUAUACAGAAGUAAAACAAAAACAAAAAAAGAACAAAAGUAAACGUUAUAUAGUAUAUAUAUAUACAUACUUAUAUGUAUAUGUAUAUCGGAUACAUACAUUCAUACAAUAAUACUAUAUAUACAUUACAUAUAGAUAUAUAUAUAUUUGGAGUAACCAGAGAAGUAAGCAAAGCAAGUUAUUUAUAUAUGAAUCUAUAUAUAAAACAAUGCAUAGGACACACACACACAGACACACACACUCUUUCACAUACCCCCCCAAACACAAGCUAUAUAACCUCGAUCAAUCGAUCGAUCGAUCGAUCAAACGGAAGCUAAAGCAUGCGCUAAUUAUGAACUUUGUACAGCAAAACCAAUAUAUAGAAUCGAAUUCUAAGUGAGAUUGGCCCCCAAAAUAUACAUACAUAUAUACAUAGCGAACAGUGACACGUACCGAUAACUAUCGAUAUCGAUAACGAUAACGAUCGAUAACAUGCAGCGUGCAAAAAGAGAAUAGAAACAUUUACGCUAGAUUUGCAGAUACAAGUCGAAUUUAUAUAAAUACUUAUAUAUACCAUUACUAUAUACUAUAUACUAAACUAUGCUAUACAUACGUACAUACAUACAUACAUACAUAUUACUACCCCAACCAAAACCUUAAAAACGAAAAACAUUUCAAUACGUACUUAACCUUAACAAAAAUAAAACGCAUUUUUGUUUCGACUCCGCAUUGAACAAAAAGUAGGAGAGAGAAAUACAAUACAAUUUCGAUAAAUUUUGAACUCAAAGCUUUGGCACAAAACAAUUAAUAUUUUGAUAUAAACGAAUCGAAAAUGAAAACCAAAUAUAAAACGCAAAAUUUCAAAGCAAAAUUCAAAAUACAAAACCCCCAAAACUCCAAAACCAAACUCAAUAAAACCAAAAAAAACAAAAAAUACAAGUUUCGGCAACAAAUAACAAAAUAUUUCAAAAACUUUUUUCGGCAAGAUUUCGAAUAAUUAUUUUGUGAUCUUUUCUAUUAACAUUGAGCAGCAGAACGUACAUGAUACAAACAAACAAAAGCAAAGCAAAAACACAAAAACAAACAGAAAAAAACAAAGAUAUUAUAUUUUGAUUUUGUACAAUUCUUUUUUAGUUGAUUUUGUCUAGCAGAAAAAUGCUCAGGGUAAACACAGAUUCUUCCAAUACAAUAUAACUAAAUAUGAACAUGAACAACAACAAGAACAAGAACAACUGCAAGCAAUAUUUAUAUAUGCAUAUAUAUAUAUAUCGAUAUACAUAUAUAUACAAUAUAUACAAGAACAAGAACAACUACAACAGCUACAAUAACAAUAGUACCAAUAUUAAACAAGAACCAGAGAACAACAAACAACAACAAGAUGGCUGCAAAAUGCUUUUACAUGCAUAGAUUUACAACUAUUUUUUUAAAUUGAUGCAUAUUUUUUUAACAAUAACAAUAACAACAAAAAGAAGAAGAAGAAGAUGAAGAACAAAUCAACUACAUAAUUCAAUUAUAAGAUGAUGAAUGAGACAGUAACAACUGAACAACAACUGAUGAUAAAACAACUAAUAAGAAACCGCAUACCUACUUAUAAUACAAGCAACUUAUUUACACAAUCAAACCAUAAAACAACAAAUACAUAUAACAAAUAAAAGACAACUCUCUCUCUCUCUCUCUCUCUUAAGCAAGCGAGAAAGAGAUACAGAUACAGAACCAUAAUAAGUAUACACAAUUAAUUUAUUUAUUAUUGCAACUUUUCAAUAACGAAACUAAAACAAAUAACAAAAAAAGAGACGAAAGAUUGGAAAGCAAGCAAACAAAUAACAAGAAAAUAGUGCAAAAUAAUUAUAAAACAAAUGCUGUUAAACAAAUAUCUUAUAUAACAAAUACCUAAUUCAAUCCCAACCAAAUGCCUUCUUUACAGUCGUAGCGUAAUUUAAAAAAACCAACACAAAUCCGCUCUUCAUCUAAUUUUUUUUUUUUACAAUUUUCCAUGUGAAAUUUGCUGCAGUUCACGGAACUGGAACUAGUUCCCACAAAUAAAAAACAAUAGACGAAUUCUUGCAAAGACAAUAAACCCAAACAUAACUUGUAAAACACAUAUCAAUUGAUUUAACAAUCACAGAGAAAUCAACUAGCUUACCGAUUAGCUUUUAAAGCCAACAACUACAAACUACAAUAACUACAGGGAACUAGUUCCGAUUCAAAAGCUGCAGCAGAAAUGCAAAAAAAAAAAAAAUAAUAACAAAACAUAUCAUCGGCAAGCCGACGAGCGAAAUGCGUUUGCAGUGCUUCAAAUCUUGAUGAAUAAAAAAAAAAAAAAAAAAAAAAAAAAA